AUGUUCUACACGACAAUUCCUUCUAAUGAUAUGAUAACAGAAAUUUCUGACCUGUGGAUACGUAUUCCUUUUUCUCCUUCUCGAUUGGCUCAGAGCAAACUCCACAUUGCACUUACAGGCAUUCCUUCUCCUCUCGCACUUUCAGUACAUGAUAUGAUAACAGAAACUCCAUUGGACAUGACGUAUGAAUCCUUCAAAACUGAGGUUCUCAGACGUAACUUUCCUUCAGAUGAAAGGAAACUAGGCUGGGAGGCACUGGGCACGUCAGUUGUUUCCCCCACUGAUUCACCUUACCGUGCAUUUUUUAUCCGAGAUGCUAUUUCUUCAAAGUCCUUUAUGGUGGACAUGGGAGCCAGCGUCAGCGUCUGGCCCCGAAGGUUUACUUCCACCAAUCCUGGUCUUUCCGACAUAUCUCUCUAUGUGGUGAAUCACUCCGCUAUUAAAACCUACGGACAAAUGUCUCUUACCCUGGAUUUAUCACUCCGUAAGGAUUUCAAGUGGAUCUUUGUCAUUGCUGACCUGCCACCAAUGCUUCCUCACAACCAGUCUAUUUCCUCUACAGUACUUCCGGAUAUUUCUACUUGGACUCACAUGUUUGUAAAAAAUGAUGCCAUCAAGGGACUGUUCACACCUCCCUACACUGGUCCCUAUCAUGUUCUUAGAAGCACACUGAAACUGUUCACUAUGAACAUUCAUGGGAAAAAAGAGACUGUCUCUGUCGACAGAGUACUUGAUAACACCACAAUGCCUAAGUUCGUCCAUUUUCAAGAGAAGUCACUUCUAGUUAGUUUUGAAGACUUCUUUGAACAGUUAGAUGUCAGUUUACUUGAGAAGAAACAAUGCAAGCAAUAUCACCCCCAGCGACAUUCAAAGUUGGCUGUCACUGAAGAUUUACUGAAUGACUGGGUCCAGAAAAGCCUUUAUGACUCUAAUUUGGCUGACAAGGACAACCUAUAUGUCGUAGAUAAUAAGGAACUGGAAGAGGUACCGUGUAAAGAUUACUUGGAUUACGAAACAGACUCACAUUUGGAUUUCAAUGAAGAUGAAGCACUGGAAACUGUGUUGCAAAAUAUGCUUAAGAAAGAGUUGGUCCCUAAAAGGAUUUUCUCUAAUUUAGGAUUAGAUAAUUCGAAACAACAACAUGACCCUUCUGUGAAAAUGGAACUGAGGCGGCAACAGGUGAAAGAAAAUCGUUUGAAACGAGAAAAUGAUAUGAAUCGAAGAAGACAAGAGCAGCAGAUGAAAAAAGAAGCUCACUUGAAAGCUUACCAAAGAAUUAUGAAGGAAGAGAGAUUAAAAGCAAUAAAGCACCAACAAGAAGAGCGAGAGAUUCAAAAACAGAUGGCAGCUAUACGAAGACAGAUGUUCGCAGAGAAAAAGGAACAGAAAGGAAAGAAACAAGAACAAAUCCAACUUACCAAUGAUCAUCCUCAGCAACCAGCAACUGAAAUAACUCCACAUAAGAAUUUCUCCAGCAUUGAACAAUGCACCUCAAUGGCUAAGACAGAACAACAAAUGGCCAAGUAUGAAGCUUUGAAAGUCAGACAGAAAGCUAACAACAUACAGAUUUUACAACGUCAUUUUAUGGCUUGGACAAGUGUCAUAUUACAGAAAAGGGUGAGAUAUGGAAAGGUUUCUGCUCUGGCUGACUGGAAGUUAUUGCUACGUCAUUGGAAUGCAUGGAAAUCCUUGUCAAUGCAGAAUAAAAUGGAGAAAGAAUUGCAAGUUCACCAACAGAACAUGAGAGAAUGUCAAAGAAAAGACAAAAUGGCAGGUGAGCACUACAUCACACAGUUGAUGAAGAAGUGCUUCUGGACGUGGCAACUAUACCUUCACAGAGAAAAAGAAUGCCAGCGUUUAAAACUCUCACAGAAAGAAACCAAAGACAAAAUGGAGAAACUCUUAACUGCUGCUGCUUCAGGAAAAAUAAAUGUGGCUAAUUCUUUGAGCAAUUCUGAGACCAAAUCUAAAAAUUUAACCAAGAAGAAGCCAGACAUUGAGAAAUGCAUUAAACAAGUGAAAAUUUCAAGUGUUCCAUGCCAUUCUGAUGGUAGUAUUAUUGAGUGCUCGCAAUUGUCAAGUGUACCAUGGAAAGCUUCCAGAAAGCUGCUGGACAUGGAAACUCCUCAAUUUUCUCAGCUUGUUGCAGGAACAAAUCCUGAAACCUAUUCUUCAGAUCAGAAACAGUUAAGUGCAUUUUUAAUUACUGCUGGCUAUUGUACAACUACUACUGCUGCUGCUACAACUGCUGCUACUGGUUAUUUUGAAACUGCCACCUCUGCUGCUGCUACCACUGCUAUUGCUGCUGCUCCUGUUGCUACUACUACUGCUGCUAUUACAAUUGCUGCUACUACUACUGUUCCUACUAUUGCUGCUGUUGAUGCUAUUCGUCCUGCUUCUACUGCUGCUACUACUACUACUACUACUACUACUACUACUACUACUACUGCUACUGCUACUGCAACUAGUGUUUCUGAAACUAAUGCAAUCCAGCCCUCUCUUCAGUCUCAAUCCCUUCAAUCUACUGAAACUACAGUUACUCCAAUUACCGUUAACACUGUUGGUUCUUGUUCCUCUAUUAAUCAACAAAUUCACAAUACUUCUUCUGGCACUUAUUCAUUAUCUUUAAUGAGUCGUCAGCAAAUCUUUUGCCGCUGUUGUAGCUUGUGUAUGUGGGCGUUCAUGAUGUCGUUGUUGUUGCUGUCAGUGCUUGUUAUUGUUGCUGUCAUUAUUAUUGCCAUUGUCCUUUAGCACACCAGCACCACGUGGUUGAUUCAGCAGACCUUUGAUGAUGAUGAUGUGACGAUAAGGAUGAUGUUGUUGUGAGACAGUUAUUGUUAUGGUAAAGGGUUAUUAAAGUACUGAGCUCAAAUAGCAGUAUUUUUAUGAUA